UCCAGGUUUCCAGGACUAUUUUUAGCCCAUUUCCCACAAGCCCAGCUUGGAGAAAGAGGAGGAGAAAGGAAAGCAAGGCAGCAGCAGCAAUAGCAUCCAAAGGAAGAGGAUGGAGGAGGAGGAGGAGUAAGGCUCCUCAUCGCUGCCUUGUUCUCAGCCGCAGCCCAGUCGCUGUCCAGCAUCUUGCCCUCCCGGGACCUGAGUUCGAAUCCUGGCCCCAGCUGCCAAAGCAGAGCCUCCCCAGCAGAGACCCUCCUGGGCCCCUCACUGCAGCAAAGCAGCAGAGAUGCUCCGGUAGUGGGCCACACAAGGCGAUGGAGGACGACCUGGCCUCCGAGGAGGAUACGUUGCUCCUUUCGGAGAAAGAGUUCCACGAUGCGGCCAAACGAAAUGACACCAUGCGCAUGGAAGAGCUGGUCAAGCGAGGGGUGGACAUCAGAGCCAAGAAUAAUAUAGACAGGACUGCUCUCCAUUGGGCCGCCGGAGCAGGGAACGAACAAGCCGUGCGUCUCCUUUUGGACCAUGACGCCUCCGUCAAUGAUGAGGAUAAUUUUGGGAUGAAUGCCCUCCUCUUGUCUGCUUGGUUCGGCCAUCUGCGCAUCCUUCAGAUCUUGGUCAACGCUGGUGCCAAAAUCAGCUGUGCAAACAAGAAUGGACACAACCUACUGCAUUGCGCGGCCCAAAGAGGUCACCUCAAGGUGAUGGAGUUCAUUAUGGAAGAUCUGGAGGAUGUGCGGCUGGAUAAGAAAGAUAAGAUGGACAGAACUGCCUUUCAUUUAGCUGCAGAGAAUGGGCAACUCGAGGUGGUGGAGUUCCUGGUGGCCUCUGGUUGCACAUGUAGCGUUAAAGACAAGGAGAAGAACACAGCCCUCCAUUUAGCUGCCAAGAACGGUCAUGCACAGGUGCUUCAGAAGCUUGUAGAAAUUGGAAUGGACCUGGAUGAGGAGAAUAUAGAAGGGUUGACUGCCCUGCAUUUGGCUGCUGAAGGAGGACAUCAUGACUGCGUAAAGCUACUUCUGGAAGCCGGGUCUGACAUCAAUGCCCAGACUCAGAAAAAAAUGACCUGCCUUCAUUACGCUGCACUGAAUGGCUGCGAAGACAUGGCCAGAAUCCUGAUCAAUGCAGGAAUCCAAACAGAUGCAUUGAAUUAUCAAAAUGCAUCAGCUAUGCAUAUUGCGGUGCUACAUAACCAUCUGACUGUUGUCAAACUCCUAAUUGAUGCCGAAUGUGACCUGGACAUCCCUGAUAAUAGGCAGCAGAGUCCUCUCCAUAUUGCUGCAGAGUAUGGGAGGCAAGACAUUGCUGAGCUUAUCCUGAUUGCUGGGGUGAAUUUAAAACUAACAGACAAGCAAGGGAAAACAUCACUAGAUAUUGCUGCCCGCGGGAAUCACAUCAACCUGGCGGAUAUGGUCAUCAAAGCAGAUCGGUUUUACAAAUGGGAAAAGGAUAAUCUGAACAGCGACUCCGACUCCUGGGUAGCCAAGCACUUAACUUUCAAGCAGGACCACCGGCUGGAGACGCAACACAUUCGUUCGGUCAUGUGGAGGCUCGCUACAAAAUACCUCAAACCCAGUGAGUGGAAGAAGCUGGCGCAUUACUGGAAAUUCACCGAGGCGCACAUCAGAGCAAUCGAGCACCAAUGGGCAGGCACCAAAAGCUACAAGGAACAUGGUCACAGGAUGUUGCUUAUUUGGCUCCAUGGCAUCGUCAUGGCAGGGGAGAACCCAGUCAAAGGGCUAUAUGAAGGCCUGGUGGGCAUUGGGAGGAACGACUUGGCAGAGAGCAUCCGGAAACAGGCGAACGCGGAUUCUCCUUCUCCGAGGAAGUGUACAGCGAUGUGAUAUCUGAAAAAGUAACGGGAAUCCCGGUGUUCAUUAUUACUUCAAGACUGUGAUCAAGGGUCACAAACAAACAAUGUCAUAACCUGUCUUUCUCUAAGGGCUUCAUGCCAUAACCAAUGGCAACAUUUUCUACCUGAGAUCAGGUAAACACAAAAGUGUACAUCAGCAGAUUCUAGUCGCAGCAAUGCAUUGUUAUAGAAAAGGGGUGACUGAUUACUAUUUCCACAUUUAGACAGAUUUUUCAGAUCUGAGACCAAGGUUGAACUCUUAAACCUACAGAGAGGUAAAUCCUAUUGAAUCAGGAGAAAUGACUGUUGAAUAAAACUUCUUAAAGGGAAAGAUUAGACCAUAUUUUAAAACCAGAAUAUCUCACUGUAAAUCUCAAAGCAUAGAAUCGCUGAAGUUCUUCUAUGGCUGCCUCCUCUGCUUAACUAGAGGACAACCAUGUAGCCCUCCAGAUGUUGGACUGCAAUUCCCAGUAUGCUUCACCAUUAGCAAUGCUGGCUAGGGCUGCUGGGGCCUACAGUCUGAGAUCUAAAUGCACCUACAUUUGCUUUUUUCAGUUUCACCAUGCAAGUCUACUUUUACAAAGACCAUUCAAAAAUACUCAUUUUGCUACCAAUCAGGUGCUAGUUAUACACGUCUAUUUUCAGUGUAACUUCUAUACUUGUAAUUUAUUAUUUGAAAGAAUUGUAUGGGAUUUCUCCUCCACAUAGUCCCCCUCAUCUUCUCUGUCCAUGCAAAAUGGACAGAUACUGUAUGACCCUCAUAUAUGCAGGACUGGUAUAUGCGGAUUGACUUACCCAUCUC